AUGGCCUUGGAGAACAAAAGGGUGACGGCUUUUUCAGUUUCAGGCUGGGCAUGGCUUCCAAAAAACCUUCUCGACUCAGUUCUGGACCGCAUGACUAGGUUUUCUGAUUUCAUCCGGUUUCGCUUGGUCUGUAGACCAUGGCGAUUGGUCGCACUAGAAGAGAAUAAUUGCCACCGUAUUCAGAAACAAAAGUUGCAUAUCCUCAAAACAUGCUGUAAUGUACAGCCUAUGCUGAUGAUCCCUCCUAUAGGUAAUAACAAAGAAAACUUGAGUUUUUGUAGUGUCACCGAAGGACUAAUCCAUGAUCUCAAGUUGCCAAUGCUUUAUAAUAGACGAAGUUUUGGAUCUUCACAUGGAUGGUUAUUUACUAUAGAAAAAUCGAUGGCCAUAACCCUGUUGAACCCCUUCACUCAAGAAACCAUUGGUCUGCCAGAUUUCAGAGAUCCUUCCAACCAUUACCAUGAGUGGGUUGAUGAUGAUGACUAUGACUAUUUCAUCUGUAAAGGUAUAUUAUCCUGUGAUCCUUCUCAAGAUCCUAAUAAUUAUGAAGUUGCGGUCAUCCAUCGAGAAAUGAGAACGUUGGCAUUUUUUAAAUCAGGGGAUGAAUCUUGGAUAUUUAUAGACUUGAAAGAAAAUUACUUAUUUUCUGACCUUAUUUACCAUGAAGGUCAAUUCCAUGGUAUCAACGAUUGGGGUAGUCAUAUAUGUGUUGAUGUUAUGAAUGGGACACAUAAAGUGAUCGUUAAUCGUAAAAAAGUUCUUGGUAGACUUCGAAUAACUUACUUGGUGAAAUCACAUGACGGAGAUCUAUUAAUGGUGACAAGGUUUUUGGAAGAAAACGUCCAUGACGAUGCAUUGUAA